ACGCGAGGGAGAAAGCAUAUGCUUUAUGAGACAGGAAGGAAAGCAUCGCUGAAAUUAAAUAUGUCAGGAUCAAAACCCCACAUCCCUCUCUCUUGCCCCCCUUUUUAUCGUUUCACAUAAAUCUGAAGCAAAUUUAGGGUUUUCUCAGAAAGAGGGAAACUAAAACAAAAUGGGUCGAGGUAGGGUUGAGCCGAAGAGGAUCGAAAACAAGAUUAGCAGGCAAGUCACCUUCUCCAAGAGAAGAUCAGGCCUCUGGAAAAAGGCUAAUGAGAUCUCCCUUCUCUGCGAUGCUGACGUUGCUUUGAUUGUCUUCUCCACUUCGGGAAAACUCUUCCACUAUUCCUCUCAUUCUAGCAUGGGAAGACUUGUUGAACGAUACGAGCAACACACGUACUCUCAGAAAAUUGGUGCGCCUAACGAACCGAAGGAAGACUUGCUCCUCGACUAUCCAAAACUUGGCCAUCGUCUGCAAUUUCUGCACAGAACUAUGAGGAAUUACGCGGGAGAGGAUCUAGAUCCACUGAGCUUGAGAGAGCUCCAAACUCUUGAGCAUCAACUCCAAAAUGCUUUGAAGCGUAUUAGGACUAAAAAGAACCAACUCAUGCAUGAGUCGAUUUCCCAGCUUCAGAAAAAGGAGAAAUCACUGCAGCAUCAGAAUCACGCAUUGAAAAAGGAGGUGAGGGAGAAGCAGCAAAUAGAAGAGAGCAGAGAGCAACCACGAGAAGCUCAAAAUAUAUCCUCCUCCAAACUUCACAACCUAACUAUGGCCGGUAGGGCGGAAGAAGAUGGCGGUUCGAACACCCUUAUUCCGCCAUGGCUACUCGACCAUGUGGAAAAUAAAAUAUCCACUUUCAAUAAAAUGAUAUAACAAGAUUGCCCUAUUUAUGUUCGGUUUAUAUAUAUGUAUCGAGUUAUAUUUAUGUUCUAAUUUUGCUGUGUUGUAACUCUUUGAAUCGCUACAAAUGCAGUCGCAUUAUUAUUAA